GGGCAUGCGCAAACCGAUCGAGCAGUGGCAGUCCGAAAAGACCAAGAUGGCGGACUGAGUUUGCGGAGGAGUUGAACAUUUACGGUUUUAUAGCCAUGUAGAAUCGAAUAUAGCAUCAAACACAUCAAGGUAUAGAUUUUUCCUUUAGAGCGAGGGAGUGUUAUCUGAAGUGAAGAUUGAAGACGUGAUAGAAGAUGGACGACUACUGCUAUGCUAAGAUGGCGACGUCCGCUAAAAGAGAACAUGAAAGAGAAUCUGCGCCGGAGAAAAAGACGAAGUAUGAAGUGUGUUUGUGUCCUGCAGACGUCCAGCAGCUGAUUGGUCAUCCAGAAGAACUUCCCCCUCAGUCGGAAGGGAAGAGCUCCACUUUGAAGCAGGAGACUCCACAACCACCCCACAUUAAAAAGGAAGAGGAGGAACUCUGCAUCACUCAGGAGGGAGAGUGUCUUCUAGGACGAGAGGAAGCUGAUUACACCAAGUUGCCACUGACUGUUGUCUCUGUGAAGACUGAAGAUGAUGAAGAAAAACCACAUCUAGACAACCUCUUAACUCCACUACCAGAUAGGGAAGUUGAAAAACUUUUGAGCAGCAAAACAGACUGUGAAGGUGAUAUGAGGACUCACACUGACAACAAACACUCUGAAUGCUCUAAAAAGAAGACCGACGUCCAGAAGCUGAUUGGUCAGUCAGAAGAACUUCCCCCUCAGUUAGGGGGAAACUCCACUUUGAAGCAGGAGACUCCACAACCACCCUGCAUUAAAAAGGAAGAGGAGGAACUCUGGAUCACUCAGGAGGGAGAGUGUCUUCUAGGACCACAGGAGGCUGAUCUCACCAAGUUGCCACUGACUGUUGUCUCUGUGAAGACUGAAGAUGAUGAAGAGAAAUCACAACCAGACAACCUUUUAGCUCCACUAUCAGAUAGUGAGGCUGAAGAUGAGGCUGAAGAACCUUUGAGCAGCGAAACAGACUGUGAAGGUGAUAUGAGGACUCACACUGACAGCAAACACUCUACAAAGAAGAGAGGAAAAAGACGUUAUAGCUGCUCAGUUUGUGACGUCCAGCAGCUGAUUGGUCAUCCAGAAGAACUUCCCCCUCAGUCGGAAGGGAAGAGCUCCACUUUGAAGCAGGAGACUCCACAACCCCCCUGCAUUAAAAAGGAAGAGGAGGAACUCUGCAUCACUCAGGAGGGAGAGUGUCUUCUAGGAAGAGAGGAAGCUGAUUACACCAAGUUGCCACUGACUGUUGUCUCUGUGAAGACUGAAGAUGAUGAAGAGAAACCACAUCUAGACAACCACUUAACUCCACUACCAGAUAGGGAGGUUGAAAAACUUUUGAGCAGCAAAACAGACUGUGAAGACGUCCAGCAGCUGAUUGGUCAGUCAGAAGAACGUCCCCCUCAGUUAGGGGGAAACUCCACUUUGAAGCAGGAGACUCCACAACCCCCCUGCAUUAAAAAGGAAGAGGAGGAACUCUGGAUCACUCAGGAGGGAGAGUGUCUUCUAGGACCACAGGAGGCUGAUCUCACCAAGUUGCCACUGACUGUUGUCUCUGUGAAGACUGAAGAUGAUGAAGAGAAAUCACAACCAGACAACCUUUUAGCUCCACUAUCAGAUAGUGAGGCUGAAGAUGAGGCUGAAGAACCUUUGAGCAGCGAAACAGACUGUGAAGGUGAUAUGAGGACUCACACUGACAGCAAACACUCUACAAAGAAGAGAGGAAAAAGACGUUAUAGCUGCUCAGUUUGUGGUAAAGGCUUUUCUCGAAAGAGCAUUUUGACUCGACACAUGAGAACACAUACGGGAGAAAAACCAUUUAAGUGCUCAGUUUGUGGUAAAAGCUUUUCCCAAAAAGGACAUUUGAUUGAACACAUGAGAACACACACAGGAGAAAAAACAUUUAAUUGCUUAGAUUGUUGUAAAAGCUUUACUAGAAAGAGCCAUUUGACCCAACACAUGAGAUCGCACACAGGAGAAAAACCGUUUAAGUGUUCCGUGUGCGGUAAAAGUUUUUCGCAAAAGAUCCGUUUGACUGAACACACGAGAACGCACACAGGAGAAAAACCGUUUAAUUGUUCAGUUUGCGGUAAAAGCUUUCCUCGAAACAGCGACGUGACUCAACACAUGAGAACACACACAGGCGAAAAACCAUUUAAAUGCUCCGUUUGUGGUAAAAGCUUUCCUCAUAAGACCAAUUUAAUUCAACACAUGAGAACACACACAGGAGAAAAAACAUAUAUUUGUUCAGUUUGUGGUAAAAGCUUUUCUCGAAAGAACAAUAUGAUUCAACACAUGACGACACACACGGGAUAAAGUAACUUGUAAUUGUUCCUUUUGUUUUCAAAAGAGCUAUUUGACUCAACACACAAUAAAACUCACUGGAGAGAAUCUAUAUAAUCUAUAUUUUUUGACCCAACACGUAAUGCAACACACAGGAGAAAAUACAUUUAGUUGAUCAGUCUGGGAUAAAAGAUUCCAUUUUAAUGCAGAUGCAGUAAGACACAUAAGAACACACAGGGGGAAUAACCAAUCAGAUAGUUUGUAGUAUUUUGCACAUACAUUGCAACAUCCACCCAAAGCCAAGACGUCCUCCAAAAUAGGUUUGCUGCUUCUUUCAAAAAUAUCCGAGGUCUUCAUACAAAUUUAAAUUAUCUGUUGCAUAAUCUUAUCUACUCAUGACCCCAUGUCUUGUGUGUGUCUGAAACUUUCCCGAAUAAUAAGAUAGAUGCUUGUAGUGCUUGGUUACUCCUUCUUCAGACGAGCCUGAUGACUUCAGCCGGGGAAGAAUAGUAGUCUUCUUUUACCGCCUCUAGAUUGCCUGACUCUGAACACCAACAACAUGAAUUGAUCUGCCUGAAAUUACACCUUCCGGGUCGCCUGUUGUUAAAGUUAGAGGUACCAAUGAUUGUCACUCACACUAGGUGUGGCGAAAUGAUUCUCUGCAUUUGACCAUCACCCUUGAUCACCCCCUGGGAGGUGAGUUUUGUGUCUACAGACCAACAUCAGAUGAUGACUCAGUGUAUGAUGUAAUAUCUGAGCAUAUUGACAUAUUCAAUAUUUUCACCCAAAGUCUGAAAUGGUUCUUCUUGGGGAUCUGAAUGUGCCAUCAUGGAGACUGGCUGGGAAGUAAAAAGACUUGACACUCAUGGGGAAGGUGCUCAUUAAUUAGUUAUACUCAGCAGCCUCCACCAACUAGUUGAUGAUCCUACUAGGAUUGGGAAUGAUGGAAAUUGCUCCAAAAUGGAUCUUUUCCUUACUACUUCACCAGACAAUCAUGUUGUCACUGUCAGUGCUUCUCUUGGCUCCUCUGACCACUGUGUGGUAUCUACUGUGGCUAAUACUUGGCUGAUGUUAAGCUGAACUCUCAAAAGAACAAGAAGCCAAUACAGCGUGGGCCUAUGUUAGUUUCAACAUUACUCUAAAGUAGAGGUAUCCGAUAAUAUCGGGCUGCAGAUAUUAUCGUCCGAUAACUGCUUUAAAAAGUAAUAUCGGAAAUUAUCAGUAUUGGUUUAAAAAAAAAAAAGUAUAACUUUUUAAAAUGACGCUGUACGAAGUGGUACACGGACGUAGGGAGAAGUACAGAGCGCCAAUAAACCUUAAAGGCACUGCCUUUGCGUGCUGGCCCAAUCACAUAAUAUCUACGGCUUUUCACACACACAAGUGAAUGCAAGGCAUACUUGGUCACCAGCCAUACAGGUCACACUGAGGGUAGCCGUAUAAACAACUUUAACACUGUUACAAAUAUGUGCAACACUGUGAACUGUUGCGUUUGACCAGAUGUUCCUACAAGUGGGAUGUAAAACGCUGGUCAGUCCCAAGUUCCUUAGAUGACAUAUAAACUGAACUCAAAGGUACCACCAAGCACAGAAUAGGUAUUUUGUAAUUUAUUGUCAAAUAUUUGAGAAUAGAGACCAGCCUCGAACAACACAUACAAAUGCGUAGCCCGAGUUGAUCUGAAAACAUCCCGGAAUGCACUCUCCUCUUCAAUAUCUCCCCCCGCCCUCACUUCUCUCACUUCAAACACAUUCUCCUUGUCUCUUAUCUUGAGUCUGGCCUGGGAAGCAGAACAGGGAGUAUUCCUCCUUCUCGUGUUAUCUCUACUCUCUGCAUUCCACUGCUAGAAGACCGACACCUUACUUUGCAGACUAGUAAAGAAGGAAGAAUACUAGCUAUUUUGUAAUACGAUUAUGGAGGAAAGAAGAAACACAAAAAUAUGGAUGUAUGAAAAUAUAUAUAUAUAUCCUUCAGAACCCACACAAACAAGAAUGACAAACACAUUUCGGGAGAACAUCCGCACCGUAACACAACAUAAACACAACAGAACAAAUACCCAGAACCUCUUGCAGCACUAACUCUUCCGGGACGCUACAAUAUACACCCCCCGACUGGCCCACCUCAACCUCCUCAUACUCUCUCAGCAUGUCCCAAAUUCCAAGCUGCUGUUAAGUUAAAGUUAAACUUAAAGUUAAAGUUAAAUGAUUGUCACACACACUAGGUGUGGUGAAAUUUGUCCUCUGCAUUUGACCCAUCCCCUUGUUCACCCCCUUGGAGGUGAGGGGAGCAGUGGGCAGCCGCGGUGCCGCGCCCGGGAAUCAUUAUUGGUGAUUUAACCACCAAUUCCAACCCACUAGGCCACUGAGUAGGCCUAGUGGUUAAAAAGCAUGUUAAAAAAAAUAAUGCACUUUGUGACUCCAAUAAUAAAUAUGGCAGUGCCAUGUUGGCAUUUUUUUCCAUAACUUGAGUUGAUUUAUUUUGGAAAACUUUGUUACAUUGUUUAUUGCAGGGGUGCUCACACUUUUUCUGCAGGCGAGCUACUUUUCAAUUGAUCAAGUCGCGGGGAUCUACCUCAUUCAUAUAUAUCAUUUAUAUUUACUUAUUUAUGAAAUAUAUGUUUUUGUUAACACGUUAAAGGU